AUGGCUCCCAUUCCGGAGGCUUAUUUCCCGUCCCUGGACAAGUGCUUCUCCGGGGACGCUCAGCUCUUGUCUUGGAAACGCGCAUUCCUUUAUGUCAAUGAUCCUCAAGGUCAUGCCGGCAAUGGCGACAAUGUCGAAGCCUUCAUUACACAUCCCGAGACUACUCAACUGCUCUCUCAAAGCUUGAGCCCAUUUGCUCGUCCUUCCGCCAAAUCGAAGUCAGAGUUUGAUUCUAAAACAGCUGCGAUUCAUGUGGAAACCAACACUAAGACCUUCGAUCUGAAAGAAAUUAAAGCGGACGCCCAAUGGCUUAGUCAAAAAGCAGAUAUCGACGAGAUCACAGCUCUCAGAAUUACGGUUCUUGAAUGGCAAAAUCGACCGGCCGAACGACUCACAACAAUCUUCUCGAGUGAGGAGGUAACAAGUGUACAGAAUGCGACGGGUGCCGACAACCAUAGUAUCUCUGUGGCUGGUCCCAAUUUGGCGAAUAUCCUUAGACAGGCCACUGAAAAUGACAGCGGCUCCUCGUUUGACUCAGAACCGCAUCGACGUUUGCGCAUACGCCAUAUCUUUCUUUCGGAGAGGAGCCAUAUCCUGAAGACCUUUCGCAAGCUCCUCGUGUUGUCUCUACACGAAGCAUCAAAUGAAGCUUCUUCUCGAACACAGAACACUCACACGAAAUCAACUCUGCACAAAUUGGGGACAUCCCUUUUCGACGACAAGUCCACAGGGACUGCUCUCGGCAGGUUCUUGGAAGGGUGCAUAAGUGCAAUCCGCAGCCGUUUGACAGACCUCCGAAAGGAUGAUGGCUGGUUGACCUCAGGCGAGAGCAGUGAGGAAAUUGAGUGUGCCUGGAGAACUACUCUUGUAGAUGAAAUCAUUCAUAUCUUGCAAAUUAUGUUCCACCAACUUCAUGCGUCUGCUCAAGUUCCCUCUGGUGAUCUCUUAUGCACUUGGCUUGAUUUGAUGUCCGAAUAUCAGUUCUUGAAAGACUUACAGGUGUUCUGCGAAGAGCCAAAUGAAGUCUUGCUGGCCCUCCAAACCUUUGUCUCGCUCACUACCAUAUCCUUCUUGAAGUUGCCUCUGGUUUUUGAAUCCAUUACACGCCAAAAGCAGCCCGAGGCGUUCCCGUCUGAGCAAAAACCUUAUUUCCUUUCCAAGGACAAAAUCUCCCAAAUAAGCGAGAUCUUUACGAAACCUGGUGUUGACUUAGACCCCGCAAGGCCUGCGGCCUUAUCUUGGGGCUUGAUUAUCAAUUCCAUGCAUUCAAUCGCUCUCGACGACAAGCACGCUCGAGAUAUGGAGCAGUUCCACAAUGCCGUGGACUCAUUUCAGUCGAAUAAUCAUAAUGCACAUGUCUCGCGAGAAGCUACUCUUUACGAAGAACUUAUGGAUUGCGCCUCAACACCAAAUUACUCUGUCGAUCAGAUAAUUAAUAUCUUGACAUCUCACGAAGUCAAACAGUCCGCUCUUGAUAUCCUUGCGAAUGUGUCCACCAUGGCUGGACCUGUAUCAGCAAUUGACGAUAUUCUAACGUAUCAAAACAUGCGCCUGGCCCUCCUAGACGUUGUUCGAGUUUCUGCCAUGUUUUAUGAAUACUCGACAGAGCUUGUGGCCUCGGUUUUGGCUAUACUUGAUGGCCCAUCUAACGCGCCUUUGCUGAAAUCAGCGGACUUACUCGGAGUUGCCGACCCGAUCACCAUUUUCACCGAGGACAGUCUUUUGAUGGAAAAUGUUUUUCGUACUGCGAGGUCUCGAUUUCCUUACGAGGCUCUUCCCUUCUUGAAGCUCUGCCGUGCUUUGAUAAGCAAGCAAUGCGUAAACGACGAUGGAUUGCCUCGACUUUUUGAUGAAUUGGAAAGGAUGGAGACUUUUACCCAGAUAGUUCCUGCGGCAUUCCAGGCUUACCGGACCAUCCGAGAAGAUGAAAACCAAAAUUUUGUGUCACUCAUCCAGUCUUUACCUAUGUUUGAGGCAGGUAGUCGCAAUCGCCUUCCCGAUAUAGAAGCCAGCAAUGCUUUAAUCAUCAGAGGUUCAUCCGAGGUCCCAGCGGCCACAGAGGGUCAGAUUAUUUCAGAAAACAAACCGCCGGUUGUUAUGUGGCAUCAUGAAUACUCGUGUUUGAGUUUUCUGGGCAGCUGGUUGGAAGAAUGGAGUGAGACUGGUGGAUACUCCGCUGGUUGGGAUAUAGAGACUGGCACUGAGAUCAUCGGCCUUUUGGCGAAGCUUGUAGCUCACGCUCAAGAUCUGCGUCCGAACGAGUCCCCUGGUACAAACGCAAAGAGGGUCCUCGAAAUGACCAGCGAUGGUUUGUCACGGCAGGGGGAUAUUAUCACAGUUAUAUUUGACAUUUUCGAGCGCAAUCUGCAAAACAUUGGCUCUCAGAGCGACCCCGCUAAGGCAAUGGAGCCAAUCAUGGCUUGUGUUCAAUUUGUCCGAGAAGUCUUGAGGGUUCUUCCUUGUCGUGUUUGGCCGUUCUUCAGUCGCAGCAGCCUCGUUGGGUCAGAUGGCAAGGGUGGAAUGAUGACGACAAUCAUUUCAGCAGCUGAGAUGCCGUCUGGGGAAUAUCCGUUCCUUCUUAUUUGUGUGGAUCUCUUCAAAGCAGUCGUCGAGGACGCAGGAUCUCGCGCAAUAUUAAGAAGAAGCCCAGGCAGCGUUGCAGGGAAAUCCACAAUCGCGACUGACUGGAGUGCCAGCAUACCGUCCCACAUUAUGCGAGCGAUUUUGUUAAAUUUUACUCGCACAAUGGUGGAUAUAUUCAACAGCAAUGGCAAUUGGCGUUUCAAUCUUCCCGGCCAACGAUUUGAGAUCAAUGCCAGACUGGCUACCACAUUCAGCCAGAUUCUACAUUAUUCCUAUGGAACCAACGACAAUGCCAAGCCGGAAUCUAAAAUCACAGGCGUCUUCUCUUCAUCUGCGACAUAUAUUCUUGACAUGCUUCGACCUCGUUCAGUCGCCGAUCUACCAUUUAACCCACUUCUCAGAUUAAUUGCCGAGGGUCUCCAGACUCCAUCUACCCUUCAUCUCCGUUACCUUUCCUUGGUAGAAAGCCAAGUUACCUCUACUUUAAAUCUAUGCGUUAAGCUAGUCCAAGCAUCUCGCCUCGCAGGUUUAGCUGGGUCGCUUUUGGAAGAGCAGCUUUUCAAGGCUGCGCCUGUCCUGGUCAAACUCUACGCAUCAUCUGAUGCGUACAAGUUAUCAACCGUGUCGCUGCUUGAAAUUCUCAUUUCCAGUGCCGCGUCAAAUUCAAAGAACGAGCCUCCGUCACUUGUUGGUCAUCUAGGAGCUGAGGCAGCCUGCUUGUUUCUUGAUGUUCUCUCACCACUUGACAAGCCUUCAGGAGGCAAAGAUCUUCUACUGGCGGUAUGGCGACUGCUUUCAACGUUCGUCAGUAGGCGUCAACAAUGGCUUGCGGUUUUCAUUCUCACUGGCUCAUCCCCGCGCCAAACGUUGAAGAAAACUGGCAAGUCUGGAGAUCCAAGCAUGAGGGGCGUCCCAUUCCUUCAAAUGGCCCUCGACAAGCUUGCUCAUAUUGAUCAAGAAGAACCCGAGGUUGCUUUCGAAAUGCUCGAGUUUGUCUCUCGUGCUCAAGAAAAUUGGCCAUGGGCUACUCCACAACUGAAGAACCAUCCUCAAUUCCUUACUAGCAUCGUGAACCAUGUUUCAAAGCUGAAGAUUUCGUCUUUGCCAGUGAAGGAUCAAAUCUUCGUGACUCGGGUGGCUGCUGUCGUUGCAGACAUUUGUGCAGUCUACCUGCAUGCCGCAAAGGAAUCAAACGAUCGGAGCUUUGUCAAAACACUCAUUCCGCUGGUUCAGUGGUACGCUAAAGAUGCUGUGAAUGUGUCUGCCUAUAAUUCUUCGUUGCAUUCAAACCUAAAGAAGAACUUUGAGAAGCGGUAUAGUGGCUGUAAAUUGAUUGACUUCAAACGAACACCAUUGGCCACUCGCGCUAUGGGACGAGAUUACUAUUACGACAUAGAAAUGGGACAAGAACUUCUUUCCUAUGACUUUGCUUGGGCAGGAACCCGGGGCCAAGGUUUCUCUGAGGAGUUCGAGCGAGCCAACAUCAAUCUCUCGCUCGUUGAGGCGCAGGUGAGCCUUCUUAACAGUUGGAAGUUCUUUGCCAUUGAGCAUUGUGCCGAUUUUAUGCCAGACCGCGAGAUCCAAAGAUCGAUGGCCGUGGUCGCGCAGCACUGUCUUGAGGCAAAUAGCCGUGGUGUUCCACCAGAAGCUAUCUUUGAACGCAUUCAGCAAACGCGAGUAGACUUUGCUCAAGCUCUCCUUCAGCGGUUAGUACAAGUGGGAUCUCGAGGAUCCGAAGUAUUCGCCAUGCUUGAGGUCACCUGGAAAGCUAUUCUUUCUCGCCAUUCAACUUAUGAAGAUGCCCUUAUCAGCGAUGACACCGAGUAUUACCGAUCGCUUCUUAAUGUUCUGUUCCUGGCACUUCAAUUCCAUCUAGAAACCUCCCGUGCACCUCCUACGGCGCAGAACAAGGUCGUUGUUUCUUCAGAUUUGACAGUUGUCGUGGAAAUAGUCAAAACCAUUGUCGCGCAAGGCUUCAAGUCCCUCACCACAUACCUACAUGAAGAGCCUGAGAAAUGUACACCUAAGGAUUUCGGCGUCAUCAUCGCUAUUCUCCAAAGUGCUUUGCAUGUGAAGGAUGCCGACCGACUUUACGAGCAUAUCACCUACCAUAUUGAGGAUAACGACACUGCUAGACAUGCUACCACGCUGUUUUCAUGGGCUGAUCAGCUCUUGCUGGAGGGCGAUCCCGUCUAUGGAGAUCUCAGCAUGUCCAUCCUGGUCAAAAUGUCAACAAUCCCUAUGCUUGCUGAGCACAUUGCUGUAGAAGGAGUCUUGAUGAAGCUGUCGACGUGCCGUCUGACCAACCUCCUCCGCCAACCAAAGGGCUUCGGUCCCUUUGAUCCCGUCCCUCGGCUGUACAGCAUCUGGACCGCGGGUUUCCUACCUCUAUGCCUGAAUCUCCUUUAUAACGUUGUCCGUACAGCACCUGAGGUAGUCGCAUUCCUCAACCAAUUUGAAGGACAACUCAACCGUGCAGCUGAAGUUUUCGCAUCCCCUCACGCCGGCACUUCUGUAUCCGCUGCAUCACAGUACAUCAGCCUUGCGAUGGCUUCUGAGGCAUACUCCUUGGCUUUGAUUUCCUUUAUUCUUAACGGAUUCCGUCAAGCUGGUCCCAGCGCCGGGUUAGACCCGCAGUCCAUCCAAGAGCUUAAGUGGGAAAAGACCCAAGUCAAGGAUGACAUUGAGGCACUGCUUAGCCGCCGAGAGAUCCUGCGCGCGCGAAUCGUUCCUACAACUGACAAGGAAACGGAAUGGUCGCGAGAGAAGCCCCUUGUUGCAAACUCCAAGGCCACGACUCGAUUGGAAGAAAAGGUUGUGGCCGAAUUGACUGCGGCCUUGGCGUGCCUGAGCGGAGAUGAGGAUUCAUGA